UAGACAUAAAGUAGAUGAUUCGCCUGUUUAACUUAAGACAUUAAAUUGAAAUCUUCUUCACUGAAAUUAUAUAUAUGUGUGUGUGUGUGUGUGUGUGUGUAACCAGUUGGUUGGAGAAUGUGCAUAUUGGUUGUUAAUACAAAAAAUUGUUUUUCUUUCUGUCUUUCUCAAUCCUUUUUCCUGUGUACGUUAAACAACAUGACCAGCACAGUUGCAGAAGACUUAAAAUGUAGCCUGCAUCCAUUAGCAGUAAGAAAAAAAGAAGAUGAAUUUGGUUAAUUUACAUUUACAAGAGUUGACAUAUUCCUUCAGUAUACCGAUCGCACGUGAAGUGUCGCGCCUCUGCUGCCCCCUGUCGGACGUGUCGAUCUCUCCACACCUGACUUGGGGCGGGGUCUGAGCGUUACGUCACCGCUUGCACGCGGUGUUGUACAAGAAGAGGUGAAAUUUGUUAAGUGUGAUUUUUAUUUUCUAGGUCAGAUAAUCGCGUCGUUUUCGUAACAUGCAUAGCUGAUUUCGCAGGGAAUGCACAGAGAAGGACAUACUUUAAGGUUUUUAGUUACACAAGUGAUCCUUUACACUCUGACUUUUUGACUUGUGAGUUGCGUCUUACAAGUCAUGAGGGACAGACUUGGACAUCUCCAGGCAGUAUCACUGUCUAAUGGCACUGCAGCAGACCAAGAAACCGGCCAAGCUCCCUCUCCGUCAGAAAACACAGACUAUGAUGACCCUCAGGACCCCAGCACAAACCCUGACAUGGAAGCUGUCUUUGAUGAGGCACAGGAAGCUCGCCGUCAGAUUCAGUACAUCCACCUGGAAGUAAAGCGUCUCAGGGAGCGAAACUCGCAUAUUUUUACAGGCGCCGUCUGCUCUAGCGCUUCUAAUACCUGUGACUCUAAUGCUGUUGCAGCCGACAUCAAAACACGUGGACAGGAGAUGCUCGUGCACCUACGCAAGAUGGAUUCCCACAGGAAGGAGUUAGAGGAAAAGUAUGGCGUCAACUCAGCAGUGACGAGAAUCGCCCGAACACAGUAUGCCAGCAUAAGCAACGGUUUCCGUGAUGCCAUGGUGGAGUACAAUGACGCUGAGAUGAGCCAUAGGGAGUCUUGCAAGGUGUAUAUUCAGCGGCAGAUGGAGAUUGUGGGCCGAGAGGUCACAGGUGACCAGAUCGAAGAGAUGUUGGAGAGCGGACAGUGGAACGUCUUCAGUGAGAACAUGGUCUCAGAAGGUAAAACGGCACGGUCCGCGCUCAUCCAGAUCGAGAGUCGGCAUACAGAGCUGCUACAGCUGGAGAGACGCAUUCAGAGCCUUCAUGAGGUUUUUCUGGAUGUGGCCAUGUUAGUUGAAGAGCAGAGUUCAAUGAUGGACUACAUUCAUACCAAUGUUCAGUCAACUGAGGUGGAGGUCAGGGAAGUCCUCGUGAAGCUGGAGCGAGCCAAGAGGCAUGAUAGGAACAAUCCAUUUAAGAAAAUGUUCUUCUGGAAACGAUGACAUGGACAGAUAUCACAGUGUCAAUUCAAAAUCAUUUUUAUCUUCCUAUUCCUUAUUUAAGGAAAUGUAUAUUCAUCUUCUGAAGAAAAAUAAACGCACAUCAUACGAAUCUGUCA